AUGGAGAGAUUACAACAAUUAUUAAAACAGCAGUCAUUGACACAAACACCCUUUCAACAACAACAACAACAACAACAGAAACAAAUGCAGAAUCAGUUAUUCAACUCACAAAGCUAUAUGAAUUCUACAAAUUCCCAUGAAAAACAUGUUAAUAACGAAGAUGAUGAUGAUGAUGAUGAAUCAUUACAAGAAUUUUCAAAACCUAAUAAUAACCAAAGCCAUCAACAACAAAAACAAACUCAAUUACCACAACAGACACCGCCACCUAUAUACCAACAAAAUUUUUCACAACAAGAACAAUUAGAACAGUCAACCAAAUCAGAGUUUUCAUUUCGUCAUCAAUCACAAGCACAACCAUCUCAAGCAUCAUCGCUACAACCAUCAAUGGAGCAACCGUCAACAUUGAUGUCUUUGGAAAAUACUCAACAACAACAACAACAAUCGACUGAUCAACCAUUCAAUCGAAAAUUUCGUCAAUCUUGGCGUAAAACUCCAGAUAAUUUACCAACUAAAGAAUUGAAAAAAGCAACUAAAUUACUAGAUAAUGAUAUUAGUUUACAAGAUGACGAUUAUGAAGAAGAGAUGACAGAAGAUGAUAUAUUUAAAUUACAUGAAGAAUUGGAAAAUGCACGAGUACAAAAUAAUGAAAUGAAAACAGCAUUAAUUGAAGCUCGUACUAUUAUUGAUCAACAACAAAAUCAAUUAACGGAAUUUCGACGAUAUGCUGCACAAUAUCAAACUGAUGCUGAAGCAUUUAAAAUGAAAAGUAUGUUUUUACUAAAUAAUACACAAACACAUGAUGAACAAGUCAAUAUAUUAAUUAAUGCAUGUGAACGUUUAGAAGCGGAAGUUGAUGCACUCACUUGGCAAUUAGAUCGAACUAAACAAUCAUUAGAUUUAAAAACACAAGAAUGUAAUUUUCUUAAUGAACAAUUAGAUGAAAUACAAUUGAAUGGUAGUUAUCAUAGUCCUAAUUUAACAGUAGAUAAUAAUAAUCAUAAUCAUCAUACAAGUAGUAUAAGUAGAUUAGAUAAAUUAAAAACUGGUACUGAUCAAUGUAAUUCUAUAUUAAGUACAGAAUAUAAAUCAUUCACAGGUAAUAGUCAAUUAUUACAAAGGAAUACAAUGAUGUCAGAAUCAGAUAUAAAUAAUGAUAUAAAAAAACUUCAUGAUGAAAUUAUUAAUUAUGAAAAAAAAGAAAAACAAUGGGAAGAAACACAUGAAGAAUUAUUACAGAGACAAAAAUUAUUAGAAGAAGAGAAAAAACAACAAGAUUUAAUUAUUGCUCGAUUAGCUAAUGAACAGGUAGUUGGAAAAAACCUUAAUAAUUCACAGAAUGAUAACAAUCAACAUGAUGAAAUUCCAGCUGAAAUUAUAGCCAAAUUAAAUAAUUUACAUGAAGAAAAAACAACAUGGAGAUUGUAUGCAACAAGUUUAGUACGUAGUUUUGUUGAAAAUUGUGAAGAAUUUAUACGUAAAACACCAUAUAAUGAACCAUAUUUUGAAAGUGAAACUGAACGUCGUUGGUAUACAUAUUCAAUGCAUUUAUUAGAAAAUUUAUUAAAUGUUGCACCAUAUCAAUUAUCUAAAACUGAUUUAAACUUAUUAAAACGUACUAAAAAUCCAAUAACAAAUCAUUCAAUGUUCCAACAAACAACAGAAUCGAAUAAUCCACCAGAAUUAUUGACUGCAUUAGAUUUUCCAUCACAAGUUCAAUUAAAUAAUUCAUAUGUAGGAGGAGGAGGAGGAAGAAAUAUACAAUUCGAUGGAUUAGUACAACAACAACAAUCACAAAAUACAUUUACACAAGGAUAUGAUUCAUAUAAUCGUGAAUCAAAACAAUCAUAUCAACAACGUGCAGCUCGUGCAGCAUCGAAACCAUUGACAAAUUUCUAUCGUAAGAAGAAGUAAAUAGAUAAUCAAAAAAAAAGACGAAUCACCUGUCGUUUUUAUUACAAUUCAUAUACAUUAUUAAACUGGCAGAAAAUUGUACAUAAAUUUUGUUGAAUUAACAAACAGAAAAGAAAAAUGGAAGCAAGACUAUAAUUUAUGAACGAAUCAAUCAGAUUUAGGAUAACAGUAAUUGAAUUUUGGAGCGAAAUUCAUUCAUCCACUUGGCAAAAUAGCAUUUUAGCUUAAGUCAAUUCGUGAUGAAAACCCUAAAUCUAAUUCCUCGCACUGAUUUGUAACCGUCAUUCAGUCCUAGUUAGUGGACGGCUAUUCUCAAGAUCACUUUAGCGUCGCCUAAACACCGUCCAUAAAUUAUAGUCUUAUCAUAUGGACAAUACAAGAUGAAUGUGUACAUAACUACCGUUCAAUUGUUAACAAUGUGAUGUAGGAAAACUUCAUAAUGCUUGUUUGAUAUAUUUCGUUUUUAAAAAAACUAUGGAAGAAGUGCCUUUUAUAUACUUAUAUAUUUUUUAAGAAAUCAGUCAUCUUGUAUACUUAUUUGUUAUCUUUACCUUAAUCAAACGUCUUUUUAUUAAAUAAUAAAGAAGUGAACAGACGA